AUGGAGCCCAACAGUCCUAAGAAGAUCCAGUUUGCUGUGCCUCUAUUCCAGAGUCAGUUGGAUCCUCAGGCUGCGGAGCAUAUUCGCAAAAGGAGACCGACGCCCGCCACACUGGUCAUUUACAACGACCCCAGUGCACCAGAUGACAAACAGACAACAAGCAGUCAAGGAGAGGCUCCCGGUACCCAGCUGUCUCCUGCCCAGAGAAAGCAGAGUGUAUACACACCACCAACCGUGAGAGAACUCCAGCUGGUGAUGGAGCAGCGCCUUCAGAUGCAGGAGCAGAUGGAGACAGGGCACUGUGACAGCCCAGACACGCCCAGUCCCGUUACAGCGCAGCACUAUGGUAACGCAGCUCAGUGGGCCAAUCACAGCGGCCCACAGCCCAGCGGGUCUUAUGUCAGUUCGGAGUUUCAGCUAGCCAACAGUGAGGCUGGGGGAGAGUCUUCAGAGACUUCAGAGUGUCAGGAGAAAAACAUGUCAAGUCCGUCCUCUAUUUCCCGAUAA